AGUUGCGCUCUCGAGAUCGGAGCAUAUGGCAUGCGCCGUCCCUUUCUGGCGCGAUCAGAGGGAUUGCCGGCAGAGAGCGCAGUCGCUGCGCUCGGCCGACUAUAAAAGCAGGGGCCCUCGAAAAACUCAAUUCAUUCGUCCUCGUCUGCUCAGCUCAGCUCAUCAGCUCAGAAAACUAAAGAACUCGGCGUACAAUGCAACACUAAGUAGAACCGUCAAUCCGGAAAAGUGCAGCCCUAACUCGUACCUAGAACACGGCUAUCGCGAAACAAAAAACAAUGCCUAAACGGACAAUGCUCAACUAACUAAAAACACACACACACACAAGUGCAUAGUGACAAAGAAAAUUGUGUUUUAGCAAUUUUUCUAAGCCAAAAAAACACCGCCAUCAACCCAUAACUCAACCAACAUCAUCAACCUUCUAAAAAAUAAAUAAAAAACCAACAAAAUGCUGUGGGAAUCGAUCGCCGAAGAAACCAACUGCACCAUGGAAUGCAAUAUCAGCAAUAGCAACAAGAACAACACAUCCUCGCGCCGGGCCCGUCGUUCCCUGGAACUGAUGGCCAUGGACCAGGAGGAGCUCUCCUUCUACGACGACGAUGUGGUGGCCCAGGACCAGCAGCGGUCCGCCAGUCCGGAGCUCAUGGGACUGCUGUCGCCCGAGGGUUCGCCCCAGCGCUUCCAGAUCGUCCGCCAGCAGAAGGUGCUGCCGCCGGUCGCUGGGAUCGCGGAGGCCAGCAGCGCCACUCCUGCCCGCAGCUUCCGCGUCUUCAACAGCCUGUCGUCCACCUGCUCCAUGGAGUCCUCCAUGGACGAUGAGUACAUGGAUCUGUUCGAGAUGGAGUCGCAGCAGCAGCAGAGUGCCCUGGGAUUCCCCAGCGGCCUCAACUCGCUGAUCAGCGGCCAAAUCAAGGAGCAGCCCACUGCCAAGUCGCCAGGUCUGGCCAUGCGCCGUCCCUCGGUGCGACGCUGCCUCAGCAUGACCGAGAGCAACACACCCCCCGCCCAUCUUCACCAGCAACCAAAGACACCAGAGACUGCCCGGGACUGCUUCAAGCGUCCGGAACCGCCAGCAUCCGCCAGCUGCUCGCCCAUCCAGAGCAAGCGCCACCGCUGCACCACCGAGAAGGAGAACUGCCCCGCACCCACCCAAAUCAGCAGCAGCACCACCGCCACCUCCAGCAACCCACCGCCGCUGAGGAAGUGUAUGUCCCUCAACGAUGCCGAGAUCAUGUCCGCCCUGGCUCGUUCCGAGAACCGCAACGAACCCGAACUGAUCGGCGACUUCAGCAAGACCUACGCCCUGCCUCUGAUGGACGGCCGCCACCGGGACCUGAAGAGCAUCUCCAGCGAGACAGUGGCGCGCCUGCUGCGCGGUGAGUUCGACGAGUCUGUGGCCAGCUACCGCAUCAUCGACUGCCGCUACCCCUACGAGUUCGAGGGCGGCCACAUCGAGGGAGCCAAGAACCUGUACACCACCGAGCAGAUCCUCGAGGAGUUCCUCACCGCCCAACAGACUGAGCUGCAGCAGCAGCAGAACGCCGAGUCGGGACACAAGCGCAACAUCAUCAUCUUCCACUGCGAGUUCUCCUCGGAGCGCGGACCCAAGAUGUCCCGCUUCCUGCGGAAUCUCGACCGGGAGCGCAACACCAACGCCUACCCAGCGCUGCACUACCCGGAGAUCUAUCUGCUGCACAACGGCUACAAGGAGUUCUUCGAGACCCAUGUGGAGCACUGCGAGCCCCACGCCUACCGCACCAUGCUGGACCCCGCCUACAACGAGGCCUACCGCCACUUCCGGGCCAAGUCCAAGUCCUGGAACGGCGACGGCCUGGGCGGAGCCACCGGCCGCCUCAAGAAGUCGCGCUCGCGCCUGAUGCUGUAGAUCCGAGUCGUCUCUGGGUCGUUAUCUGAACUGGGUGUUAUCGUAUUGUAUAUAUAGACGUAUAGGGGUAUUUAUUUCACGCUGACUUUUAAGUUGAUUUUUGUUGAUUUUCAUUUGUUAAUCCGUAGCCUAAGCUUCUCUCCCAGACACUACCGAACACCCACUACCACACACUCAUUCGCAAACACAAUUCAUUUCGAAUCAACGUUUUUAGUUAGUUAUUAUUGUUUUAUAAUGGAUUCGGCUUUAGUUCAAUUUAUUUUAGCACUUUAGUUCAAAUUUUAAAAGCGAAAAUGAAAAAAAUGUGCAUUAUAAUCUAAAAACUAUGAGGAACACUGUCAUUAAAAUUUAAGAGGCCGAACCACCCGCAUAGAUCCAGACCCCUUAAUCACGAAUAGAUGAUAAGAAGAAAAAAAUGGCUAAAAAACACAAAAAAACAUACAUCGCUCAUCCACACAUAUUCGACAUCCAUCGUAGGGCCUAAGGAAUUAGCACAUAAGAGUUGAAAGUUGAAAACUUCUGCUAGGUACAAUUUACGCUUAUUAUUUGUUUAUUUUUAUGUAAUCCGUAAUCGAAGAACCCCCUCCCGAAAAAGAAACUUGCUCAUCGCAAUCGCAUACAACAACAAAUGAUUAUUUUUACUGUGUAAUGAUUAUUAUUUAAGCAAAGCUUAUUUUUGCAUCAAAAAAGGCAAUAUUAUUGAACAAAGACCAUCAAAUUUUAAUAUAUUUAAUACACGACUUGAACCGAA